CCUUUUUCGGUUCCAUCUGCAGAGUUCAUCUUCAAGGAUGAUGGAAGAAAAGAACACUAAUUAGUUGCAGUAUCACUACACCAAUCCCAAGUUCCAUAUCUUCCAUUCUUUUACUUAGUUCAUCGCUCAUGACGAUAUUAUUAUUUCCAAUAUUAUGUUGAUUAUGUCUAACGCCUUCGUUGAGAUUGAACAGAUAAAGUGUGGAUGGAUUAAAAACUAGGCAUUCAUAAAAAUAACGAUUUAACAUUGAAAUGAGAACCCAAUGAAGCCAGUGAUCGUUCAGUGUUGAACGUGAACCAACGCUAUGCGUUUAAUAAUAGAAUUAGUUUUCAUUGAACUUUUUUUGAUCUCAUGGAGUUCAGCCGUUAGACCAAGCGUCAAAUCCACAGAAGAGGAUCCAAAUCUGGUUAAAUCAUCAUGUAACACAGGGCAGGUCGAAUACAGGCUGACUAAAUUAGAAGUGCUAACAGCAGAAAGGGGAGAAGCACUAAAAUCAGAGCUUCGUGAAAACAAUAGAAGAUUACAGGCUUUGGAAUGGCAGAACAGUGAAGUCGUGACGGCGAUAGAGGGCUUCAAAAAUGAGAUGAGUCGUCUCGUUGCGAUAGAACAUAAUCCAGUUUCGAGAGCGGGAUACGAUGAUAAAAAUGGAGAGAUAAUGGAGUUGAAAGAAAAGAUCGAGUCCUUAUCGAAAGGAAUUCAUCUAGCUAUAGCAGCGAUUAAGCUUAACAACGCUGAACUGAAGUCCUUGAAGCAAGAUUUAAUUUCAGUCAGAAAUAAUACAGAGAAUAUUGCGGACAACCACGGCCAUUUAAUAAACAAAGAUUACUUCAACGAUGCGAUGGGUGAAGUUAAACACCACCUGAUCGUCCGACAUUCAGGAAAUGAAAAGUGUGAAAUUCAACCUACAGAUAAACCUAGGGAUUGCGUUGAUCUUCAGAGGAAGGGAAAAAAAUCUGGAAUCUAUAAAGUUUAUCCCGAGGACAACCAUAAAGGUAUAAUGGUUCUUUGUGAAAUGGAAACAGCUGGCGGAGGUUGGGCUGUGAUUCAGAAUAGAUACGAUGGAUUUCAAAACUUCUACCUUGGAUGGCAUGACUACAAACAUGGUUUCGGCAAUUUGGGUGGAGAGUUUUGGUUUGGUUUGGACAAUUUAUACAGAAUGACGGGCAACGAAAUAAACGAGUUGUUCAUUCAAUUAGUCGACCAUACGUCCACAGGAAAAUACGCCCAUUAUGGAGCUUUCAGCAUUGGCUCUGAAAUGGAAGGAUAUUCGAUAAAAUUGCUAACUGGUUAUGAGGGUGAUGCCGGAGAUUCCAUGAGAUAUCAUGCAGGAAGUAGAUUUAGUACGAAAGACAUGGAUCAAGAUAGUUGGGAUGAGGGAAGCUGUGCACGAUCUCAUAAUGGUGCAUGGUGGUAUAAAGCCUGCGAUGAAGCAAAUUUGAACGGGAAAUAUUUGAAUGGAGAACUACCUGAUACUUUAAUUUACCAAGGAAUGUACUGGGGGGAUUUCAGAGGACCUAGUUACAGUUUACAGAAGGCGAGAAUGAUGAUAAGACCACGUGAUAAGGCAAUGGACGCGAACUAGAUUAUACGGAAAAUCGAACAAUUCUCAGGCAAUUAAUUCAGGUUUAGCGUUCGAGGAAAUUUUUUUUUAUCUAGGUACACCAUCCUCAUGUGUUUUGUUUCUGAUUUGGAACGAUUGUAAAAUUAUGAAAAAUAAUGAAUAAAAAAUCUUUCAUUUCA